AUGAUUCUUUCGACGCAAAUAUCCAGGCUAGAUGGCCUCAUGCUCUGCGCCUCGGUCGACGAUGAACAGUCCGAGGCCGCCGCCCUCAGGGAGGUCAAGCAGCAGAUCCGCCAAGUCCUGCGCAAGCUCACGCGCAACUCGGAGUCGCAGGCGUCCAUCGAGACGGGCGCCUACACGAUCCACUACCUCGUCGAGGCCGACGUCAUCUUCCUCUGCAUCUGCGAGCGUUCCUACCCGCGCAAGCUCGCAUUCACCUAUCUCGCCGACCUCGCCCGCGAGUUCUCCACGACGCACCCGCCCGCCCAGGUCCACUCGCCGUCCCUGCGGCCCUACGCCUUCAUGGACUUUGACAACUUCAUCGCCAAGACGCGCACCCCCUACGCCGACGCCCGCGCCGCCCAGAACCUCGACAAGCUCAACGACGAGCUGCGCGACGUCACAAAGGUCAUGACCAAGAACAUCGAGGACCUGCUCUACCGCGGCGACAGCCUCGAGCGCAUGGGCGAGAUUAGCAGCCGCCUGCGCGACGACAGCAAAAAGUACCGUCGCGCCGCCGUCCGCAUCAACUGGGAGCUGCUGCUCAAGCAGUACGGGCCCUUUGCCGGACUCGGUCUCUUCGUCUUGCUCUUCAUCUACAUGCGCUUUUUCUGA